UUAGCCAUUUUCAUCAACACACCCUCAAAUAAAUAUUCCUAUAAGAGAGACCAUUCUCUUUUCACUAACAAGAGUGUCAAUUAAUUGCAUAAUUGUGAUUAGAAAUGGCCUCCCAUACAAAAAUAUUUGCCCUAUUCCUCUUAUCCAACAUUCUCUUCUUCACUUUUGCAAGUGCUUGCGGUACCUGCCCUCCGAAGCCAAAGCCCAAUCCAAAGCCUAAACCGGGUCCUUCUAAGGGUUCUUGUCCUAAGGACACCCUAAAACUAGGUGUUUGUGCUGAUGUACUGAGUGGACUCCUCAACAUCACCAUAGGUACCCCUCCUAAGGCUCCAUGUUGCAGUCUCCUUGACGGUCUUGUUGACCUUGAGGCCGCGGUUUGUCUUUGCACUGCAAUCAAGGCCAAUGUUCUUGGAAUCAACCUCGACAUCCCUGUCUCUUUAAGCCUUUUACUCAACGUUUGCUCCAAGAAAGUUCCCAAGGGAUUUCAAUGCGCCUAAAGAAAAUUGUUUUUGUGACGAAUGAUUUGUGACUUCUAUGUAUGUUGUUCCUUUUUCGUUGUUUUUCAACAAUAAGAACAUAAGAUGGCACCGGGAUUAAGUGGAUUGUAACUUCUCUUAUGUGUUAUGAAAUAGUUGUGGUUUGGAUUAUAUGUUGUAUCCAUCAAUUCUCAUAAUUAAGUAAUGUAAGUGUAUCUCGAUUAAAAAUA